UGGGGAUAAUUUAAUUUUCUUUAAUUAGUGUGCGGCUUUGUUUCAAAACAAAUCGGAAUUCGGAUUGGUUAAUUAUAAAGCACCUAAAACUGGCUUUGUAUCGAAACGUUUUAUGAUGGUCCUUUGCCCUAAUAUACCCGUCGAAAAAUACGGCGAACUAUCCGGAAGAGGUUAUAAGAAAUGGAUCCUUGAAGACUUGUAUUUUGGUUUUUCUUGAACUCCUUUCGGACGGAAGAGCAGUCAAUGCUUUUAUUUAUCGGAGAUGACUUCUGAAAAACCUUCGAUAAGUCUCGGUAAAAAGAAACAGGGUUUCUCAGAUAUAUUGUAAAUAAAAAUGAAAUCAGUGACUGGUUAUGGUUUGCUUGUUGAGUGUUUUUGGUUUGCUCUAUUUUGUGGAUCUGCUACACAUUUAUUGGCUGAUAGUGUUUAUCAUAAGUGGGAAAAAUUAUACUUAGUUCAUCAUUGGCCAGUGACUGUUUGCAUGAUGAAUGAAAAUGAAUGCAAUAAUCCACCAAUGUACUGGACAAUCCAUGGACUCUGGCCUGAUAAAGCUGCAGAAUGUAAUAGAAGUUGGCACUUCAAUAUAUCUGAGCUUAAGGAUUUCAUGGAAGACAUGAGAGAAUAUUGGCCAGAUAUACUACAUACAAACCAUACUCAUUUCUGGAAACAUGAAUGGGAAAAACAUGGGACAUGUGCAGCUCAAUUAGAGACUCUUAACUCACAAAAAAAGUAUUUUCAGAAGACACUGGAACUCUAUAGAAAAAUUGACCUUAACAGUUUUCUCUCGAAAGUUGGGAUAAAGCCAGGCUCUACCUACUAUCAGCUGACAGCCAUCAAAGAAGCUCUUGAAAGCUUUUACAAUAUAAUGCCAAAGAUUCAGUGUAUUCCUCCUGAAGAGGGACGGCUACAAGUAAUAGGCCAGAUUAAAUUCUGCUUUACCAAGGAGUUUACUCUGAGAAAUUGCACAGAGGAACAAUCUGGUUUAUUUUCUGCACUUGAAGAUGACUUUUUCAGAACAGAGGAUCUGUCAGUUUGUAAUGAUACUCUGACUUACUACCCUUCACAUAUGAAAACUCACAAACAUUUUGCUGCAAAUGUUGUUGUAAUUUAGGAAAUUUGAACUUUUUAAAAUUCUGGUGGGGAACAAUUAUGCAUUGGAUUUAUAUAGCAGGGCCAUCUGUGACUGGCUUUCUUUGUUUUGUGUUUUGAUUGAUGAUUGCUUGUUUCAUUAAAAUUGCUGCCCAUAUUAUAUAAUGUACUCUUUCUUCAAUAAAAUUGGUUUAUUUUUCACUUUU